AUGGACCGUCUUGAAUCCCUCGGAAAUGCUAUUUCCCAAAUAUCGAUCUACGACAUAAAGUCGAUGUACAACCAGGCGAAGAAUGUUGUGUUCAAUGUUAGCGAGAUGGAGGGAAAGGUCCGCGACGCGACCAACGAUGAGCCCUGGGGUGCGAGUUCGACGUUGAUGCAAGAUAUUGCCCAAGGCACAUUCAACUUCCAAAACUUCAACGAGAUCAUGCCCGCUAUCUACGCACGGUUCAUGGAGAAAGAGGCACGCCAAUGGCGUCAGAUCUACAAGGCUCUCCAACUGCUCGAAUACCUGGUGAAGAAUGGCAGCGAACGAGUGGUUGACGAUGCACGUUCCCAUGUCGGCACUAUUAAGAUGCUGAGGAACUUCUACUACGUGGAUGAAAAGGGAAAAGAUCAGGGUAUCAACGUACGCAACCGGUCCAAGGAACUGGUCGAGCUUCUCGGUGACGUCGAGAAAAUCCGUGGAGAGCGGCGUAAGGCCAAAGCCAACAAGCACAAAUAUACCGGGACUGGCAACGAGGCUAUGAGUUUCUCAUCUGGUGGAAGCCGCUAUGGUGGAUUUGGAAGCGACAGCUAUGGUGAUGGCAGCUACAGCGGAGGGGGGAGCAGCAGUUACAGUGGUGGCGGUAGUGGAUACGAUGGUGGCCGUGGAUACGACAGUUACAGUGGUGGAAACGGUGACAUGCACUCCGCCUCCUCCAGUUCACGGAGGCAGUUCCAGGAGUACGACGCCGGUGACGAUGACUACGUUGCUCGGCGCUCGAACUCCGUCUCGAAAGGCGGCUCGUCGUCUCACUCUGCUCCUCCGUCUCGCUCAAACACCGCUCCCACACCCGCUGUUCCCGAACCUCCAAAAGCAAAGCAACCUGAAGUGGAUCUCUUGGGUAUGGACGACGACGCUUUCGGCAGCGCCUUGCCUGCAGCCACGGAAAAGGCGCUCCCUGCCCUUGCUGCUCCCACCUCGCUAGUUGGUGGCGGCGACGACGACUUCGACGACUUCCAGAGUGCCCCUCCAUCAGCUGUUCCGGCUACCUCCGGGUUCGCCCCUGCCCCAGUUGCUCUCGCGCCUCCAAUCACCGCUCAGUCGAUGUCCCCUCCGCCGAUGCAGCCGAUGCAGCCUCAGCCUGGCUCCAACAAUGGCCUGUUCAACAUGCUGUCAUCCACCCCUGCCGCGGCGCCCAUGCAGGCCUCUAUGGGCAUGAUGCAGCCCAUGGUCGCCUCGCCCCCGCCCAUGAUGGGCGCGCCGCUGAUGGGCCAGGGUGUGAUGACACCCAUGUCGCCGCCGUCCCGCACGACCGCCACCACUCCCGGAACAGGCGCUCAACAGCCCAAGAACUCCGCCAACUUCGACGACCUCUGGUCGAUGUCGCUCGGCUCGGGGCCCAAGCCUGCCGCCAUCGCUCCAGGCGCGCAGAAGAGCAUGAAGGCACUCGAGAAGGAGAAGGCGCAGGCGUCGUUCUGGGGUGGGCAGCAGCAGCCGGGUGCGGGCGCGUUCGGCGGUGCUGCGAGCGCCGCGCCGCCGAAGCAGGCGGGCAACGGCUUCGAUGACCUGCUGUUCUAG